GCGGACAAGUAGCACAAGAGGAGGAAGAGUGUGGAAGCAUUAAAGGAAGACAUUCAAAGUGCAAUUGAUCCCAUGGAAUAUAUUCCUUUUAUUUUUUAAUCAUGUUGUAUUAUAUUUGUACAUAAGAAUGUUAAUGCUUUGUUAAUAAAACAUAACUUAUCCUUAAAGUGUGUGUCCAGAGUUAUUUGUGCAGUGAGACUAAAAGUGUGUUUUGGGCAUUUGUUAAACUUGCUGUUUGAAACUGAUUAGUCAUCAUGGGAUUGUAAGUUUAAAAUGACCUGGAGCUAAACAGACAAAUAAAUGCACACUGCCAGAAACAAAGCAUGCUAUAAACAUUCUUCAUGUGCUUCUAGUGGGAUUGAGGCUGCACUUAAUGGAGUGAACACUGACAAUCUGACAAUAGAAAUUUAUAAAGCUGGGAUGGGCUCGGAGAUGAAAAACAAAACAGACAAGAUCUGGUUUCUGUGGUUGACCAGCCCACUGCCUGCUAGUGCCUAAUGUUGUUUAAGUUACAAAAACUCUGACCAUUAUAUGAUCGGAUAAUAAGCUGCCUGUGGCAUAGCAGCUACACGGCUGAACAGUUCUUAAUGCGUAAUGGUCUCUCCUGCAUUCUCAUUGAAAAUGAAAGGAAGGGCACCACUCUGGUGGUAAUGGUGGUAGUGGAGGGAGGGACUGCCUCUCCUUCUCACGUUACCAAGCUAUAGCGAAGUAGCGAGAUCAGCAAAGAGCCAACUGCGCCUCAUGACCCUGCCUCCUCUUCCAAAUGUGAUAAAACUCAGCUCAGAGGCCCAUUACGCGGCGAUAGAAGGAACAUUUUACAUCUCACUCGAUUUCCUUUACGCACAGGGCCGCGGUGAGUGCAUACCAACGCAGCGGUAGAUGGAGAUCACAAUGGGAACAAAGCGGUGUGCCACAACUACGCAUGGUCGCUCCAUUUCGUGAGUGACGGCGUCAGCUGCGGAGCUGUUAGAAGAAUCUUCUCAUGGGAUUUGGCGGUUGCGAGGCGCCUGAUCUGGAGGCAACGUGAGGAGCACACAUACCUCCAGAAAACAGGGCACUACAAGGCUCUCCCUUCGUGCACCUGACAGCUGCCGAAAAGCUGACACCGCACCGGUGAGUACCGGCUGGUAAGAGAAGUCACCGGGAGAGAGGAGAAUUCUUUUUUUUUUCAUCCAAGCACAAGCAGGCAGCACCUUCAAAGCGAAACGGCUGUGGGUACGUAGCAUGGGAGCGCUAUGUUGUCCAGGAAAGGACUCAUUCCUGAAGAUUACUUGCUUACACGUUUGGCCGAGGAUGUUCUGCAGCCCAAGUUCAAGGCGAAAGCGGGGAAGGCUCGGUUCGUCUCCAAGAACGGCACAUGCAAUGUGGCGCAUACCAACAUCCGAGAACAGGGCCGAUUCUUGCAGGAUGUGUUUACCACGCUCGUGGAUUUAAAAUGGCUUCACACGCUCAUCAUUUUCACCAUGUCGUUUCUGUGCAGCUGGCUCCUUUUUGGAAUGAUCUGGUGGCUCGUUGCGUUUGCGCACGGCGACUUGGACCAGAGCGGAGACGACUUUAUCCCGUGCGUAACGGAUAUUCACUCCUUCUCCUCCGCGUUUCUGUUCUCUAUAGAGGUCCAAGUGACCAUCGGCUUCGGGGGCCGGAUGAUCACGGAGGAAUGCGUCUCCGCUAUCAUCAUUCUGAUCGUGCAAAACAUCGUCGGGUUGGUAAUCAACGCCAUCAUGCUUGGCUGCAUCUUCAUGAAAACCGCUCAGGCCAACAGGCGCGCGGAGACGCUCAUUUUCAGCAAACACGCUGUUAUCUCUGUCCGAAACAACAAGCUCUGCUUUAUGGUUCGCAUCGGGGACCUGAGGAAAAGCAUGAUCAUCAGCGCCACCGUGCGAAUGCAGGUUGUCAAGAGAACCACCACGGAGGAGGGAGAGGUGGUGCCACUAGACCAACUCGACAUACACAUGGAUAACCCAGUGGGUACCAAUGGCAUCUUCCUGGUAUCUCCCCUCAUCAUCUGUCACAUAAUUGACAAGCACAGCCCCCUUUACGAGCUUUCAGCCUCUGAUCUGUUACACCAAGACAUAGAGGUGAUCGUUGUGUUGGAGGGGGUGGUGGAGACCACCGGUAUCACCACCCAGGCCAGGACGUCCUACGUGUCUGAGGAGAUCCUGUGGGGACAGCGCUUUGUGCCUACAGUGUCCGAAGAGGACGGCAUGUACGCAGUGGACUACUCCAAGUUUGGCAACACUAUGAAGGUCCCAACACCUUGCUGCAGCGCUAAGAAACUGGAUGAGGCAGGUGGCAUCGCUCGGUUUAAACUGACCGAGGGCGUCACCUUGCGGGCGUCAGUAAGAAGACGUCGGGGCUCCGCGGUGGCUCGAAGGUCCAGGCUGGAGACCAUGAAAGCUCACGAUUAAGAGUGUGAAAAUCAUGUCUGCGAGCAUUUUGUAUGAGUGUUAACAGUCUAAGAUUGGUGGUUAUAGAUUCAGAUAAUCAUAUUUAUUUUAUAACAUAUGACAGGGAUUACCUGUAAUCAACAAUCAGCAUAUUCUCUGCAGCCGUAUGCAGCCCGUGCGCACAACAUGCUUUUAUACUCAGGGUCAGCGUGAAAAUGAGAUAGAAUGCACUGAUGAUUAGAAGUGACUGUUGUAUCAAGAGUGAAUCAGCUUGCCUUUUAUUUAAAGAAAAAAGUGACUGCAUGUGUCCUAAAUAAAUAAAAGAACGCUGCUAGAAAUGGUGUUGUGAAUGCGUCACAAGACGGAAAUGAAAUUAGAACAAUGAGGCACUCCCACAAUUAAGCAAGGCGUUCUCAACAUGCGGAAGAACUCAUUAGUAUAUCCCCUGAUUUUACACAGCAUAAGUUAUAGCACAGUAGGCUGUAGCACUAAACAAAAAACUGCACUACAGUUUC